UGUUGUCUGUUGUCUUGCAGCUAUGCAGGGGAGGGGGGAGCCUUUCUCGUUCUCGGCCGCACCUAGUGGCCGGUCUUCGCUAGCGUCUGUCGCAUCGUGAUUCGUAUACCUCGGGAGAGACUGUCGGUACGCCAACUUGCAGCCGUCUAUUGACUCAGUAUGCGGACAUACAAACACUGACGCCCUCUUGAAGACUGCACACUAGCCUUGAUCGAGUUCGAAAUUUGCGUGCGCAAGCUGCUCCGGGAUUCUGCAUACGGCUACUUCGAGUUGCACAACACCAACACCGGCCAGUUGGUGAGCGCAGAAAGCAGCUGACAUUCACCGCCCAAAACGUCGCAUGUCAGCAAUCCGGGGUAGUCACACUUCAGUCGAGGCAUGAACAAUAGCAAGCAGGCAGCCUGUCUCAACUGCCGCAAGUCGAAGAUCAAGUGCAAGCGCGACGAGGGAGCGCCAAAUUGCGAACGAUGCACGCACCUCGGGACCGAUUGCGUGAUUCCCGAAUUCCACAUCGGUAGGCAAAAAGGCGUGAAAAACAAACGCUCCGGCCUCGAAAAAGCCAUCUUUCAGGUUGAGGAAGCUAUCAAGAAGCGCAAGACCGACGCACCAUCGCACAGGCAGACUCUGGAACAGCUACAGAAGCUGCUCAGCGAGGCGCAAAAUGACGACAGCUCACCCUCAUCUCAAACUCCAGGACUGGGUAACGUCAGCGACCCCUUCGGAUCUGAUCCAAGAGAUAUGAAGCCUCCUGCGGUCCUUCAGCAUUCCGAGAGAGACCAUGCAGGGAGCUCCAGUGACGAUCAGCUUGCGCUCGAAGACGUUGAAAACCCGCUGCAGCUCUUGGCUCGCGCUUCCGACUUGCGCAUCGUCUCCCCCGAGAACCAUGUCCCGACACCCGGAAGCAAGGUCAACGGCAGCGAACAUAGCGCCUUUCUGGACGUGCAUCAGUUCUUCUUGCCGAUGAAAGCCAAUCUUGAUCAAGGUGCCGGAUACGACCCCAUCAACAUCGGACUUGUGACCAAAGAGGAAGCGGAGACGCUUCUCACCUACUUCCACCAGAAGCUCGCGCACACCCGAUGGGGUCUUGAUCCUAUGAUUCACACGCUGGGUUUCGUUCGCAAUCGCUCCUCGUUCCUCUUCACCACUCUGCUCGCCUUCACAGCUGUGUUCCUACCGGAGACCGCGGCACUUGCCAAGCGACUGCUCAUCCACCGAAAGUAUCUGGCGGAGCAAGUCAUCAUCAAGAAGUUCAGGUCUGUUGAGAUCGUCUUAGCCUUCAUGGUCAGCAUACCCUGGAUGCCUCCGGGACAACAUGCUACCGAUGAUGACACGAGUCUGUAUCUUUCGACUGCGGUAGCAAUUGCUCUGGACCUAUCAUUGGACAAGGUCAUCGCACCAUCCUCAACUUUCAAUGCCGACCUGAUCAGGCAGAUUCCGAGGGGUGAAUGCCUCGAUGCAGGCAAAGCACUGGCAAUGGACAGUCUGGAGGAUGUCGAUGCAGAUUCGGCAUGGGGAAAGAGAUUGCUGCGUCGUAGAGAGAGAACGUGGAUCGCCUUGUUCGUCCUCGAACGAGGUGUGUGCCUCGCUCGUGGUCGCAGCUACUGCGUUCCGAAGACACCUCUCAUCCAGCACUGCGACUAUUGGCCUUCCAGCAUGGAUUCCGACCUACAAGAUGGCCCUUUGGUUUCCAUGGCAGCUCUGCGCCGAGAUCUUGAUGGCUUGUUCGCCAAUGUCAGAGCGAGGUGCGACAGCUAUCGCGUCACCGACGUUGGUCUUCAGGUGGCGCAUGAGAUCGAGAGGGCAAUCGACGAAUUCUUCGACAAGUGGCUGCACACAUGGACGUCCGUCAUCGGCGAUUUCGAGCACAAGACGCUGCCUCCUUACGUCGAGAUCCUCGUCACGCACACUCGACUUUCCACGUACAGCAUGCUGCUGAACCACCCCAGCGCACCACCGGAGGUCAAGCGGUCGUUCCGUGCAUCUGCUGUAUCCUCGGCUUUGAACGUCAUGCGCGCCGCAAUCCAAGGCGAGUCACGCCUCAAGUCGAUGCCGAACAAUACUGUGACGAUGAUCUGCUUUGCAGCAAGCAUCGCUCUGGCGUUGAGCACGCCGACUGCACCAAAGCGUAGCAACCAGAACCUCGCACCGAGCGUGCGCAAGCUUAUACAGGAGACAGCUGCUGUUCUGGAGCGCAUUGGAAGCACUCCAAGCCACCGCAAUGGCGCAUCUGUUGUUUACGGUCGAUUCUUGCGAGUCCUCGUGAAGCAAGCGCCAAGCUUGGAGGCAGCACCCGUAAUGGCCUCACAGCCGUAUGCGCUUGCAACUUCACAACACAACCUGGGCAUGUCUCCACCUCUAGCAGAUGGCACUCAGCAAUUCCCUUCCCUGGAAUCUAUCUCGGGCUUUGGAGACCCGCUGCCGUUCUCAGCGAUGUCGUACAAUGAAGUCAACGAAACCGUGACCAAUCUCGACUUCUUCACGACACCGCAACUCGAUAUCUGGGACGACAGCUCGUACAUGUGGAAUGACAUGAUGAAUCUGCCAGACUUGAACUUCCCUUGAGGUCACCAACAACAAGACACAGGCAGAACAUCGUAUACCCAGAUACCCUCGUACCUUGUGCGCGCAGCUUGGCGCUUUGACCGCAGGACUGCAGGACUUCAAUCGCCGAAAAGCUCGCACGAGUUUAGCAUCGGACAUUCUUUUGUUCGCUGCUGGGAGCUCAGCUCUGGGCGGGGGGAAUGAGCGGCUUCGGCGUCCCAUCCGGCAGAGCUUAGCCGUCAGCCGCCUGACUAAGCUCCUGACUGCC